CCAACAUCACCCCGUGUACAAAUAUGGAGAAGUUCAGAGAUAAGGUAGGUUGAAAGGUGAUGGAGGGAAUUUCUAAUGGUCAUUUGGUUGUUUUUGAAAGGAUGUACUGAUUGUGGAAGAUAUGGUUGACACUGGCACAAGUUUAAACGAACUGGAGAGAUUUGUGAGGAAAUACGAACCGAAAUCUGUUUAUUCUGCAUGUUUAUUAGUCAAGAGAAUUACAAAUGGCAUUGAAGAAAUACCACCAUACAAUUCAUUUAGCUGUUUGUCUAUUUGGUAUGAAAGUUAUUGUUUUCUGCAUAUUUUUGUUUUCUCUUAG